UUGGUCAGGGCACACAUGAAUGAUGUCUCCGGUCGCUGCGUCACGGUUUCGCGCCAUAAGCGUUUUAUCGAGAUAAAAGCGGCGUGUAACUUCUAUUAACUUCUAACGUAUUCGUAACUCCAGCGUUCUAUUCUGUACUGUUGUGUUCUAUCUAAGUGUUUCGAACGCUUCCAAACGCGUGAACGCCCCCUUUCUGCGUUUUGAGGGAAGCGGAAUCAUUUGCCGCGGACUUUUGAGUGACGUGACAAACUCGUAGCGCGGCGAGGCGUUCCUGUCCUGCCGCGCAGUUUCCCCUCAUCACUCCAGCGGACGGGCUUUAAACAAAGACUAACACACGGAGCACCUGGGCUGUCUCCUAUGCCUCAUAACGCCAAGUGUCGUAGCUUUUGUGACCGCGCCGUAGUGUUGGUUAAUGGUGACACGUUUAAUUGGGAGCCUAUUUAAUAGAAUAUCCUUUCAGGUUGCGUAUUUACAGACACAAUCUGCGCGUAAAAUGCCGAGGAGAAAACAGCAGGCGCCGAAACGAGCUGCAGCUUAUGAUUCCGAGAAUGGUAAGGAGACAGUGGUACAGACUGAAGGCACUGAAAGUGAUUGUCCUGUGACCAAGGAAAAACUACAGGGUGAAAAUGAUUUGGCAGAGGACUUCAAAAACCCAGUGGACGAACAAGAUUCCUCUGCCUCUGAGCUAUCAGGUCAUGAUGUUGACAGUGAAUCUCACAUAAGUGAAUCAAGUGACCCCACGUCAGAUGCAGAGAGUACCAUAAUCAAAAAUGAGGAGGCCACAAAAGACGUUAUAAAAGACAGUUCUGAAAAUUCUGUAUGCAUUACUGACAGCCUUGAACAGAUGAAGGCAAUUUACAAAAGCUUUCUCAAUAAUCCCUAUUGGUCCUUUUUGAGCUUGAAUUCUCCUCAGUCGUAUACAGAUGAACGACCGGCCAGUAGCAGUGGAAGCAGUAGCAGCAACAGCAGUCCUGGACGCACCUGCUAUGACUGGCAUCAGUCUGCUAUUGCAAAGACACUCCAACAGGUCUCUCAAAAACCACCUAUAGCACUUGAACCAAGUAUUUUCUCAACUGUGCAGCUCUACCGACAAAGCACUAAACUCUAUGGAUCCAUCUUUACUGGUGCAAGCAAGUUCCACUGCAAAAGCUGCAGUGCAGCUUAUGACACGCUUCUUGAUCUCACAGUUCACAUGAAUGAAACCGACCACUACCGUGAUGAUAACCUCGAAAGUUCUAGUAAGGGUGGCAAGUCUUGGUCCAAGCCACGUAAGCGUUCUCUUUUGGAGAUGGAGGGAAAGGAAGAUGCUCAGAAAGUCCUUCGAUGUAUGUACUGCGGACACUCUUUUGAAUCCUUGCAAGACCUCAGCGUGCACAUGAUAAAAACUAAGCAUUACCAGAAGGUUCCUUUGAGAGAGCCAAGAACGGCAAUUGCUGCUAAAGUUGUGUCCUCGUUCAGGAAGAGGGUUCCAGUGGAGCUGGAUGUUUCAAAAUCUUUGCACACCACAGAGCAGACAAGAAGUCUCAAUGGAGGGCACACCAGGGAUCUUUUUCAGAUGUAUUCUGAACAAAAUAUCAAAGAUGACUUAGAUCAAAAGACAACAAGCCGUGGUGUACACUUCAAGUCUCAGAAUUUGAAAUGUUUGGAGUGUGGGAUUUCACAUGACUCUUUGCAGCAGCUGAGUGCUCACAUGAUGUUGACUGGCCACUUUUUAAAAGUCACCCAAUCUUUGCAAAAGACAGACAAAACUCCUCAUCCCAAAAGUAAGUCUGAGAAGUCUCAGUCAGAGACAACAUGUUCUUCCCCUCUUGCAGCCACAAGAAUUUUGGAGUCGUCAUCCUUCUCAUCCAUUGCAACUGGAGACCACGAGAACAAGACACAAGAAAUUACCUCUCAGAAAUGCAGUGAGCCCAAGGAGUCUGCAAAUGUAAAUGAUGUUAAGCAGAAAUUUGGUUCGUCUGCAAAAACUGAUUACUUAACUGAAGAUGAUCUGAAGGAGAGUCCUAAAAUGGAUUUUGAUAUUCUUAAAUCACUGGAGAAUACAGUAACAUCAGCCAUUAACAAAGCACAGAAGGGUGCCCCAAGCUGGGGCGGUUACCAGAGCAUUCAUGCAGCUUAUCAGUUACGAAACCAUUUAAAGCCUGCUCUCCACAACCCAGGCUAUAUUUCUUCCUUAAAACAAUCAGCCAGUAGCCAGGAAGUCCAGUCCUUAGACAAAAGUAAUUUGAUUUCUCCAAGCUCUUCACCAAGUUCUUUAUCAACCACAGUUCAAGUCAGUGAGGUGGACGAACUUGAAAAGAAUAUAACAGAAAAAGUUGCUGAAGUAGACAGAAAAUUGAAGGAUCUGAAUGGGCAGGGAUCCCCACAUCCACAGCUGCAAAAUUUGAAGGGGAAAUCAUUGAUGUUAAAAUCUCCAAGUCCUGAGAUCACUGUUACAUCUAUGAGCAAUAUCACUGAGGGUAAAACAGAGGAAAAAGAAACUCAGAAGCACAAACAAGACCCCACCUCCACUUCAAAUCUGUAUGAUGAUUCUGUUUUACUCUCUGCCCAGCCUGAGCCAAAACAACCCUCUGUCAGCCCUCUAAGUGCCCUUCAGUCUGUUAUGAACCUUCAUCUCGGUAAAGCUGCCAAACCGGUAAGGCCUGUCCAGGACCCUAUGAGUAUGCUUCUCAGGAUGAGCAACAGCAUGGCGGAAAGGGCCGCUCUUGCCGGUCCAUCUGGACACUCAACAAAACUUAGCCAGUUACAUUCCAACUGCCAUGAAAUUUGCAGAGACCAGCCGAUAGACUUGUCCAAAGGUAAAAAUGAACAAUACCUUACAACUGCCUCUGUCCCAGGCAAAGCUUUGAGCUCCUCCAUAUCUGGUGCAUCUGUAAGUGAAUCAACUAGUCCCAAAAUCUUCACACCAGUGAGUCCUUUGCGUGAAAAUGCUCUCUCUGACAUCUCUGACAUGUUGCGCAAUCUCUCAGACUCUAGAGUUUCGAAGCCACCAACACUUGUAUGUAGGCCAGAGCAGUCAGAAAUUGAGGGUUCUCGUACUUCAGAAGAGGCAGAGGAUACGUCCAGAGUGCACAAACGUAAAGGUAGGCAGUCGCACUGGAAACCCCAGCACUUGCUGAUUUUGCAGGCUCAGUUCACGUCCUGCCUCAGGCAGACAGCUGAUGGAAAGUAUGUGAUAUCAGACUUGAGCUCCCAGGAAAGGAUGGUCAUAUCACACAUAACUGGUCUGUCUAUGACAACCAUCAGCCACUGGCUUGCCAAUGUGAAAUAUCAGCUGAGACGAACAGGCAGAACAAAGUUCAUAAAGAAUGUUGACUCAGGACACCCAGUUUUCUACUGUAGUGAAUGUGCAACACAGUUUCAAGCUCGUUCUACGUACAUCUGUCACCUUGAGUCUCAUCUUGGUUUUAAAAUGAAAGACUUGGCUAAAAUUACAUCCAAGGAUAUCAACCGGAAGAUCCCAAAGCAUUCUAAAAGCACUCCCAUAAAACCUGUGCUUCCUGCUAAAUCGCCAGCUAGAGGAUGUCAGGAGCAACUGUUACCAGUGCCAGCUUUGUAAAAUAAAAACCACAUACACGUAAUAUAGAACAAACUUAUACUUAUGUGCUGUUGCGUUAACAUAACUGGCACAAUUGGCCUUGUGGUUAUUGGUGUUGUCAUGGUAAUGUAACAUAAAAAACACAUUUUAAAGUUAUUAAGCUAGCUAAUGCCAGCUUCCAUGUAAGAAAUCGAUAUGUAAAUAAGUCUUAAACCUAUGAACAUUCUUAAACAUUUAUGUUCAUAAACCUAUGAACAUUCCCAGUGAUUUCCUAUUUAUAAGGGGUCUGUUCUGACAAGAAAAGAAUGUACAUUUGUACAGAUAAACUUAUUCAUAUUUUCUAAAAUAUGACUUGCAUUUCCUUUCAUUUUGCAUAUGACAAUACUUUAUUUGUUCUUGCAUAAGGAAUCUGAUUUAUUUAUAGAUGUAUAACUAAAGAACUGUGUAUAAAGUAAAAGUAUUUAAUCUUUGUGCCGUUGAUAUAAAUUGCCUUGACUUGCAUUUUUACAGAUCCCCUUUUCUCUUAAUAUUUGUAUCACCCGUUCAUUUUUAUUCUUUUCUGAUUUGUUAGAAAGACUAUUUAACGACAUGUUUUAAUGACACCAUUUUGUUGAAUGUUAAUACAUUGAAUGAGG